GUUCAUUUCAACAUCUUCCUCCCAACGGAAAGCCUCUCCCUCUCUAUAACACAAGAUUAUAUUUAUUUCAUCGCACUGCAAUCAUAGGAUCAGCCUCGAGAUCAAAGCCAAAGGGAAGUUCCUGGAGACAUGAGCACCCUCCAGCAGGACUGGCCCGAGCCAGUGGUACGCGUCCAGUCGCUAUCCAACAGUGACAUAUCAAAAGUCCCUAACCGUUAUGUCAAGCCCAUGUCAGACCGGCCCUCAGUGGGGUCCUCCUUCCCUGACGGGGUGAACAUCCCAAUCAUCGACCUCGGUGGGUUCACAGGCCGGGAUGAUGGGGCUGACGACAUAAUUCGUCGGGUCUCCGAGGCCUGCCGGGAGUGGGGCUUCUUCCAGGUAGUGAACCACGGGGUGAGCCCCGAGCUGAUGGACCAGGCCCGUGAGGUGUGGCGAGAGUUCUUCCACCUGCCCAUGGAGCUCAAGCAGGCCUAUGCAAACUCCCCGAAGACCUACGAAGGGUACGGGAGCCGGCUCGGGGUAGAGAAGGGCGCCAUUCUUGAUUGGAGCGAUUACUACUUCCUUCACUACCUGCCCCUCUGCCUCAAGGACUACAACAAAUGGCCUGCUCUUCCCGCCUCCUGCAGGGAAGUGAUCAACGAGUACGGGAAGCAGCUCGUGAUGCUUGCAGGGAGGCUCAUGAAGAUUCUAUCGGUGAACCUCGGCCUCGGAGAAGAUUACCUCCAGAAUGCGUUCGGGGGAGAGGACAUCGGUGCGUGCCUAAGGGUCAAUUUCUACCCCAAGUGCCCACAGCCCGACUUGACGCUCGGCCUCUCAUCCCACUCGGACCCAGGUGGCAUGACCCUUCUCCUCCCUGACAACCACGUCCCCGGACUCCAGGUCCGGAAGGAUGGGAACUGGAUAACAGUGAAGCCCGCACCCCACGCAUUCAUCGUCAACAUCGGGGAUCAAAUUCAGAUUUUAAGCAACGCGAUAUACAAGAGCGUCGAGCACAGGGUGAUCGUUAACUCAUCCAAGGAGCGGGUCUCUUUAGCAUUUUUUUACAACCCGAAGAGCGACAUACCGAUCGGACCUGCAAAGGAACUCGUGACGCCAGGGAAUCCAGCACCGUACACCCCCAUGACGUUUGACCAGUACCGCCUCUUCAUACGGACGAUGGGCCCCCAGGGGAAGUCUCAUGUGGAUUCGUUAAUGUCUCCUAGAUGAUUUAGGAUACAUAAGAUUUAUGACGAUAACCCGUAUGGUCGAUGAACAGUACGCUUAGAUCCAUCCCAUGUAAAAUACGUAGCAGUUCCUACUGUUACAUGAGAUUUAAAAAAGAAAAAAGAAAAAAAAAGGAGCACGGUGAACAGAGAAAAGUGGAUAUUAAAUAAUUAGUUAAUGAAAAUUUGCAAUUUGAGAUCGUAUCUUUCAAUCUAA